UGUGAGUUCAUGCGGACCGCCGAGGCCCCCACACUGACACUGUGUUCCUGGGACGCCCAUGGUAGACUCCGCGAGGACGAUGACUCCUGGGAGCGAGGGGGGAACGGCAGAGAGCGUCUUCGACCUGGACUACACCUCCUGGAAGGUCCGCGCCACGCUGGCGGUCGCCGGCUUCGCCUUCUACCUGGGUGUCUUCGUGGUCUGUCACCAGCUGUCAUCCUCCCUCAAUGCCACAUACCGCUCUCUGGCGGCCAGAGAGAAGGUCUUCUGGGACCUGGCGGCCACGCGCGCCGUCUUUGGCGUUCAGAGCACAGCGGCGGGCCUGUGGGCCCUGCUGGCAGACCCUGUGCUGCACGCCGACAAGGCCCGCGGCCAGCAGAACUGGUGCUGGUUCCACAUCGCCACGGCCACCGGCUUCUUCUUCUUCGAGAACGUGGCGGUUCACCUGUCCAACGCGGUCUUCCGCACGUUUGACUUGUUCCUGGCCGUCCACCAUCUCUUCGCCUUCCUUGGCUUUCUGGGCUCCGUGGUGAACCUGGGAGCCGGCCACUACCUGGCGAUGAUCACGCUGCUGCUGGAGGCCAGCACCCCCUUCACCUGCGUGUCCUGGAUGCUCUUAAAGGCCGGCUGGUCGGACUCGCGGCUCUGGAGGCUGAACCAGUGGCUAAUGGUGCACCUGUUUCACUGCCGCAUGGUGCUGACCUACCACAUGUGGUGGGUGUGCCUGCGCCACUGGGACGGGCUGCUCGCCAGCCUGCACCGGCCGCACCUGGCGCUCUUCCUGGCCGGGCUCAGCCUGCUCACGCUCGUCAUCAACCCCUACUGGACCCACAAGAAGACGCAGCAGCUGCUGCACCCCGUGGACUGGAACUUCGCGGAGCCCGCACCGAGGAGCAGCCGGCCUGCUGGGGCCGACGGCCAGGUGCCGCCCAAGAAGGGGCAGUAGCCGCAGGGCCCAGACCGCAGCACGCUGCGGCUCCUGCCCCCG